AUGCCCCCGGACCCACCUACAUUUGGCGGGCCUUCAGUGCGCGACACAUGGUCCCCCCAUCCAAAACUUCCUGCCACCACCUCUGCAGACCAGGACAACUGUUCCAGUGCCAUCACUCCACUAUUACAGAGAUAUUACCUCUCGCCAGUGUAUGGUCUGCAAGCUACCAUUGGCUUCAUCGGCAACUUAAUAGUGGUCCUUGGCUAUAUCUUUUGCCUCCCUGCAUGGAAGUCCACAAAUGUGUACCUGUUUAACCUGUCUGUGUCUGACCUCAUCUUCCUGUGCACUUUCCCUGAGCUGUCCUAUAACUAUGCUUACAACCAGAAGAAAUUCAAUUCUUCACUAUGUGUGAUUAAUCGCUACAUCCUCUUUGUCAACUUGUACUCCAGCAUCCUUUUCAUGAUGUGGGUAAGUGUGGACCGGUACUUGUUGCUAUGUCACCCACAGCGUGAACACACCCUGUUGACUCUCAAGGCUGCAUUGUGCAUCACCUUCCUGAACUGGAUUUGGGUGAAUGCUCAAAUUGCUCCCCUCAUCAUUUUCAUUAUCCAGGACUUGGAUCAAAAUGGCUGGACAGUGUGUCGAGAUUUUGCAAGCCUUGGAGUGGCCAAAGUUAUUCUAAUCUACAGUGUAGUGCUCACCAUAACUGGAUAUGUGAUGCCCUUGGUGGGUUUGUUUCUAUCGUCACAAAAGAUGGUUUCUCUACUCACGAAAAGAGAGGAGAUGCGUGGGACAUCCUUCCAGAGGCCAGUAAGGAUCGUGAGGAUUGCAACAAUCAUGUUUCUUCUGUUUUACACACCCAUUCAUAUAAUGAGGAAUGUGCGUUUUGCAUCACGGAUUCCUGAAUUAAAUUUGUCACAGUGCAUCAUGGAUUACAUCAAUUCAGCAUAUAUAGUGUCACGUCCAUUUGCAUAUUUUAACAGUGUCAUCAAUCCUGUGUUUUACUUCCUCAUGACAGACAGCUUUCAAGAAGCACUGCAGGACAAGUGGAGGAAGCUUAAAAGAAUGUUAAUGACUAAACCAUAA